CCAGUUAGCAUAUCCGAUUACAUCGCGGACCGAUCCGGAAGCGGAGGGGAAAACAAUGUCCAGCAACGAAAGCACACCGCUGAACAGCCCGCGGAAAAUCUUCGGAAAAACCGCCACGCUCGACAACAAUGCGAUGCUGGAGUACGAGAUGAACAAAAAUCUAGACCCCAAGUAUCGCGAGAAGGCCGAGAAGGAGCUGGGCGAAACGGGUGGUGAGCUGACGUACACCAAAAUCCGCCAGCUACGCCAGCAGCUGAACAUCUACAACGAAAACCACCAGCGGGCGCUCGGGUGUCGGAGGGACGAUUCGUUUCUGUUGCGAUUUUUACGCGCCAAAAAAUUUGACGUCGAGAAAGCGUUCAAAAUGAUGCAAAAGUACUACAAGAUGAAGGAGGAGUACCCGGAGAUAUUCAAAGUGUCCCCACCGUCGGAGAUGAAGUUUAUGCUCGAGAUGCAAAUACAGACGAUGCUGCCCAAGAAGGAUGAACAUGGGCGGCAGAUUUACUUGUUUCGAGUCGAAAAAUGUGAUCCAUACAAAAUUCCUGUUGACUACGUGUUUCGCAGCAAUGUGUUAGCGCUGGAGGACGCCGUCCGGAGUCCGGAGACCCAAAUCGGAGGGUUGGUGGUAUUGCUGGAUAUGGCUGGACUUGGUUUUGCUCACGCCCGGUACCUGUCGCCUCAUCUGGCAAAGAAAACGGUCGAGGUGGUUCAGGAAGCAUUUCCGCUGCGGUUCAAAGCGUUCCACGUCCUACACGAGCCGUUCUACUUCGAUGCCAUUUUGGCCGUAUUGAAACCAUUCCUUAAGGAUAAGAUUCGUCGACGGAUACACCUGCACGGGAGUUCCCUCAGCUCACUGCACAAGUACGUCUCGAAGGACCUGCUGCCGGCGGAGUACGGCGGAAAUCUGGACCCGUUCGACAACACCGAAUGGCGCCAGACGAUUCUGGACAACGAGCAGUACUUUAUCGAUCUGGAAACGUACAACCACUUGUCGGAGAGCUGCUACCAGCUGGGGGCGGGGGCCGACGGGGAUGCGGAGAGCAUCGAUAGCCUACAGUUCGGCGAUACGGAAACCGAGGACAGCGAGUUCGAUGAGGAUGAACGGCGCGUCCUCAGCCCGAAGCGGAACGCACGCUCGAUACAGAACAUUGAGGAGAUUUUCCUCAAGAAUGGCUUCGAUGGGUUGGCGCCCACUGUUGCGAAGGAGGGCGGACAGGAGAAGGAGGUGGAGGAAUUGAAGUAA